GACGCCUGCGGCUGGAACCGGCCGACAUGGCGGCGGCGGCGGCGGCGCUGGCGCGGCUCGCGGUGGCCUUCCUCCUCCUCACCCGGGCCCCGAGUGCUGUGGGAGUCUCUGCUGACGAAGUGCUCCCAAGAGAUGGAGCCUGUGCUUGUGGGGGGCUCUGUGCCCCGGCCAGAGCCCAGGGAGGAGGUGGGAAAGGCCUGCCAGCCAGCCGCCGCAGUCCGGGGAGGGCUGCGGUGUUCCAGGCAGGAGAUGUGGGUGGGCGGCACGUGGGGACACCUUUGUAUGAAAUGGCAGGUUUUCAUGGGGAGUAAGCUGGUGUUCGACCGAAAAAAAGAGAGGCAGCCCCUCUGGCCCAGGCCCCCCGCCUCGCCGCUGUCCUUGAGGGGCGUCCGGUGUCCGAGGACUCCGGGUGUGCCCCACGCCUCGCUUGUUGGGUCGUCAGGACCCUCUGGCGCGGCGCUCCCCGAGCAGCCAGCUGUCCCGUGGGCUUGGAAGGAGGACCGUGGCGCUAGCAGCUCCUCCUCCUCCUCCUGGGAAGCUGGGGCAGGGUGGGGAGACCCGCUCUGCUGGCUCCGGGCCUGCGCGGAGAGCCGGCGUGCCCCGUGGCGUCCGCAUGACUCCUGGGCCGCAGAGUCCCCCGGCUCCCAGCCCCAGGGCGGCCGGCCUGCAGACCGCCUGCUUCCUGCCGUGCCUCCGAGCGGGGCGGCCAGGCCCGACCGGGCUUCCGCUGGCCUGUGCCUGGCAGGGGCCAGUCCUGUGACCGAGGCUGCGAGGUCCCCCCGGAAAGUAAGGUGUGGGACGAGGGCCCGGAGCCGGCUGGCCUUCCCAGUCAGUGGCCGGCAGGUCAUUCUUCCGGGAGCCCGCGGGUGAGGGUGCCCCGCCGCCGCCGCCGGGUCUGCUGGAAGCUCCUCCCGGCCUUGCCCUGUCUCCCGGCCUCGAGCCGCCGCCCAGGGCCUGGGGAUGGGUCUGUGUCCCCCCGCUGUGUCCCCCUCGUGACAGAGGCACGGGCUUGUCUUCUUCCUGUCCCACGGAUC